AUGGUGGGAUUCGGAAGGUUCUUGGGCUUGUGGGAUGCCGCAAUUCACGUUUCAAGUCAUAACGAGAGAUCUCAAGAGAUAUACCUAGAGCCUAAGAAUCGACCUUCUUUGCAACAACCCAAUACUUACGAUUUUUUCCCUUUUUGGAUACGUUCAGUUUGUUUCGGUGUCCGUACGGAAUUCGAUAACCUCGCAACUAUGUCAAAACUAUUUGUUGGAGGCCUUGCCUGGCACACCGAUGAUGGAACUCUGAGGGCCAAAUUCGAGGAAUUUGGUACUGUCGAAGAGGCGGUCGUCGUCAAGGAUCGUGAUACCGGAAGGUCUCGUGGAUUUGGAUUUGUCAGAUUCACCAACGAUGAUGAUGCCACCAGUGCAAUGAACGCCAUGAACGAUGUUGAAUUUGACGGCCGUAGAAUCCGUGUUGAUAAGGCCACUGAUCGCCGUGCAGGAGGUGGUGGAGGUGGUGGAGGUGGAUACGGCGGAGGUGGAUACGGCGGCGGUCAAGGCGGAUACGGCGGCGGGGGCGGAGGUUACGGCGGCGAUAGUUACGGCAGCUCCAGUGGUUAUUAG